CCUUCAUUUCCUUCAAAACAUAUUGUAAUGUUUUUAAGUGUAUACAUCUAGGCACUCAAUUGCAACAGUCUAAUUAAUGGGUGGCUUUAAUAUUUUGCAGAAUACAACAUCAAUGGAUAACCAGAUGAGGCAUUUGGUGUAUCUCAUAGAAAAUGCUAUACUAAAUCUUCCAGAAGGUCAAGAGCAGAUGGCAUGGUUGAUAGACUUCACAGGGUGGUCUAUUACCAACAAUGUCCCUCUCAAAACUGCUAGGGAUAGUAUAAACAUAUUGCAAAACCAUUACCCGGAAAGACUAGCCGUGGCUUUUCUAUACAGCCCUCCACAAAUUUUUGAAGCAUUUUGGAAGAUUGCCAAAUUCUUUAUGGAUCCAAUUACUUCUCAGAAGGUCAAAUUUGUGUAUCCGAAGAACAAGGACAGCAUGGAAGUGAUGAAAACCUACUUUGACGUGGACAAUCUCCCAACUGAGUUUGGAGGAAAAGCAACUCUCGGUUAUGACCACGAGGAGUUCUCGCGGCAAAUGGCACUAGAUGACCUUAAAACUGCCAAGUUGUGGGGCAUCGACAAACCCCACACCGUUCCCAGUAUCUUAUCUGGCGCAGAAGUUGCUUCACCCACAGAAGCCUAGCUAACCACUUUCUUGGUGUUCCUUAACUUAGUUUACAUAAUAAUUAUCUCUCCAAGAGUCAAUGCCACCAUUGUGUUUUGCCCUUUGGAGCAUGUGUUUGAUUAUAUUGUUCUCUUUUGUACAACUCUACCUUGAGAAGCUGUAGAGGCUCUCAAUGGUGGCUGAAAAAUGCCUGUUUGGCUGUUACUAUGUAACCUGAUACUAAAAAACUUUGCCAACUGUAAUGCAUAUAUAUUUUUGUUGUAACUAACAGGUACUCCAAUGCUGUCUUGUUUGACAACCUUAAUAAAGUUUCAUAGUAGUUUUUCUAGGCACAAUUCUCUAAGCCAAAGACGCUAUUAAUAAUAAAUUGUCUGGUGUUGU